AUGGCACGUCAUGUAAUGUACGUUAUAAAUAAACUGUCUUAUGUGGUAAAGCAGGAAAAAGGGCAGCUCGAGUCGCAGUUACAAGAAGUAGCUACGCUCGCAAUGGCAUUCAUCAAACAUCAAGACCAGUCUGACUCCUCAUCAACAUCGCACACUACGGUACAAGAACGGCAAAUAGUCGAUACUGCUUUUACGGAUGUCUCACCCACCACAUCCGUAGAACCUUUGGAAGAUGAAAUCUCCGCUGCAGUCGCCGAGGCGCUCGAGCCCAAGGUCCCAUCUGCCAAAUUGCGAAGAGACGCGGCAGCAGCUAUUUAUGAUGGCCUUCGACACCGUCAGGCUGCAGUCAAAGGCGGCAAGGAGAAUAUCGCCCCUGUGGCAUCAACCUCACGCUUGCCGCCUGGAUCGUGCAGACCUUCUUCAACUUCAGGGACGGCGGUCGCGUCUAUUCAGGAUCAAGUAGGAGUUAGGACUGGGGGGAGACCUAUGAGGCCACUACCUCGCAGAGCUGGGUCUUCAGUGGUGGCCCAAGGUAGCGCCUCUGCAGAACGUGCCGCCGACGGCACUGAAGAUUACGACCGGGUGAGAAUCGCUAUACAAGAGUGA